CGAAAGUAGAGCAUUACUCAUUUCUCGGAAAGCUUUGAUCGAGGAAGUUACUUACUACUGUAUUAGUAAUGCCAAAAAUACAGAAGUUACCCAAAUAUUUGUGAAAGCACGAUGUCGCGUAGGUUUGAUGGAAAACACCACAGGAAAAUCACUGGACUCUCUGGCAGUAGUAAUGUCAGAGAGAAAAACGAAGAGUCUUCAAAGAACAACCGAGGAUAUGCAGAUAAGAAACCCGAUUUGAAGUCUCUCAUGGAUGACUGGCUGUCCACUGACAAACAAGACGUAACUACCAAAGCUGUAAGGAAAGAAACGGUGGUUGUAGACGAACACAAGACGCCAGGUUCUGCUGUUGGCUGCGAUGAAGAUUUCCCUAGUUUAAGUGAUGUGUCUAAGAAAGGCGCACACCUAAGAGUGGACAGAGAUCAAACAUUUGUAAAAGAGGAACACAAAUCACAAAAGACUGAGUAUCUCGCGUGGGGUGUGGUAAAUAGACAUCAGAAACUCCAUACAGGCUCCACGGAACCAAAUAUACUGGGCACAUCUAGGAGACAGCAGAGUCCGCCAGUUGAUGAUGCCAUUAUAAAUGAAGAUUUUCCUUCUCUGUCACAAUCAGCCACACAUAAAGUACAUUCAAAAGAUGACAGGCUUAAAUUUGCGCUAUGCAAUGAGACGUCAAAUUGUAACCAAACAAUGCAACCAGAUGACAGAAAAUGUCAAUGUACAAUCCACAAAACUGCAAAACACAGUGGUAGAAAUAAAUAUACAUCAACCAAUACACGAUGGAAUGCAAAGACACCUUCAAAAGGAAGUCUCCUGUCAGAUUAUAUAAACUUAAAACCAAAGACACCAAAAACACCUCAAACUGCAGAAAAUGCGGUCUGUCGAAGCUUCAACCAAAGGGGCACCAUUACCAACAAAGCAGUCCCUCAAAAGGAUGUAAAAGAAGACAGACAAAAGUUGAUAGGUCCUCCAAAAAUUGAAAGUGAGCUUCUAACCAUUGGGAAGGUACAAGAACUGAAAGGCAGUGAUGCAGGUUUGAUCUUGUUCACACUGACUCAAGAAAACAGUGGCUUUGAUUUGAUAUUAAACAAGUCGACACUUCCAACUACCGAUGUUUGUUUGAUCAUGGAAUUAGUGGCAAAGGCCUGCAGUGACCGUGCUCAACCACAGUGCUUGUUUCGACUGCUGCUAGACUUGGAGAAAUCACCGUUUUGCAGUGUCACCUUGCCCCAAGCGUUGGCAGUGAUGACUUCAGAAGUAGAAAAAAACACAUAUGAAAUCCUUAAGACAUUUGUUGAAAACAUUCUUGGUUUUCUCAUAGAGUUGGCAUCACGCAUGCCACAUGCUAUCAUAUUAAUAUCUGGGCUUCACACUUUUGUUGACACUUCACUGAAAUCCCUGACUAAAUGUGAAGUUGAUUUACCAGCAAGUAUUGAGAUGAAAAUGCAACAGCUGGCAGAAAUGAAGAGGUUCAUUUUGAAGAAAAUGGAAACGGACAGAUUAAAAGCAAACAGAGUGAUCAAGUCGGAUACAUCUCCAAACGACUUUCGUGCAGUUUGCAUCAUGCCCACCUAUGAUGAUGUGUACCCCACAAAGCUGCCAUUUCUUCGUAAAAUCAAGACAACGGGUGGAUACAGCGAUCUGAAUGAGUAUCUUGACAUCCAGUUCAGGCUGCUGCGUGAAGAUUUCAUCCAGCCACUACGACAAGGCGUCAGAGAAUACUUAAUUGCCAUUCAAAACCCUAGACAGCACGUGUCUGUCCGCACAUACCACAAGGUUCGGGUGCUUAUGUCAGGAUUCAAUAACGAUAAGUUCGUACACACUGUCACGUUUGAUACGAGCAAACUGAGACAUAUUCAGUGGGAACAUACCAAACGACUUAUAUAUGGUACACUUGUGUGUUUGUCUAAUGACAACUUUAAAACAUUUUCCAUCGCUACAGUUGAAUCUGGACCAAAGCAACAAAAGGACAAUGAAUCUAAAGUUACUCUGGACCUUUUCAUAGAACAUGUUAUCGGAGAGAGGGAAAUAGAUCUCAGCAUUCCCAUGGUAAUGGUUGAAACCACUGCAUACUUUGAAGCUUAUCGAUAUGUCCUCGCCAGUCUUCAGAAUAUCAGAGAAGGCCAGCUUCCAUUUGAGGAAUAUAUUGUACACUGCAAAACUGAUGUCAAGCCACCGUCAUAUCUUCAAGGUCAACCGAAAAUUAAAUAUAAUUUUGUUCCAGUUUCAGAUAAUUCCUAUAAAGUUGUUGAAACCAAACGGAAUGACGGUUAUAACAGAGAGAACGUUUUGUUUGAAAAUUCCGAUGACAGUGACAAUUUGAAUUCUGAUAAUGACCCUGAUUCAGAAAAGGAAGACGUGGUUGUACCCGAGACACCCAGUGAUGAGAAAUCCAAUGAUGCUUAUGAAUGUGUUGACAAUGAUACGUCAAUUCUGCAGCUAGACAGCUGGCCACAGCCAGAUGAUCUCCAUCUAGAUGUGGCUCAGUUCAAGGCAUUUCAGCAAGCUCUUACCAAGGAGUUUGUCAUCAUGCAGGGUCCUCCAGGAACUGGCAAAACAUAUGUUGGACUAAAGAUUGUGAAAAUGUUAUUGAGCAAUGCUAAAGUCUGGCAAAAAGAUGACCCAAGACCAAUGCUUGUACUCUGCUACACAAAUCAUGCACUGGAUCAGUUUCUAGAAGGGAUUUUAUCGUUUUACAGAGGGACAUUGGUACGGGUUGGUGGAAGAUGUAGCAAUGAAAAAGUACAGCCAUAUGGAAUCAAGGAACUGCGAAGAACGUCAAGGGUUCCAAGACACUUUGACAACUUGGGACAGAUAUAUGUGAUGUGUCAGAAUUCCCUUCUCCGAACUCAAAAGCAUAUCAAAAUGCUGAACGACGGAAUUGUCAAGAGUUUUUAUUUAGUGCCACUUGUGAAGAAGUCUCACUACGAUCAGCUUACUCUGACACAGUCUGCUAAUGAUGGUCUGUUGAAUUGGCUUGAUCUGCAGUUGUUUGCACUUCCUAAUGUUAACAAGAAAGGGAAAGGAAGACAUGUGGGCAAGAUGGUGGAUUGCAAUGCAUUAGAAGAAAGGCAGAACACUGACAUCACUGAACCUGACACUGUCAUGGAUGAAGGGGAGGCAGCCAUAGCAGAGGCUGAAAGGAAAAUAGACGUUGAUGAAAAUUUUGAAAAGUUGUUUAAAACGCUACAGAUGAGAGGAACUGAUAUACUGUCACUUAAUUUGAAAAAGAUUCUCAAGAACUCUUCACGCAAACAGUCUGAUGAUUUUCUUCAAAAGAUAAAAUCUGAAUCUAGAAUGACAAAGGAUGAAGAAAUGGCAGUUCAUGACAUAUGGUCCAUACCGAAUAGUGAACGUUGGCGAUUGUAUAGAUUGUGGGUGCACCAGCUAAAGGAACAUCUUGAAAAUGAAAUGGUUAAACUUCAGAAGGAAUGUAUUGAUGCUAGAGAAGAAUACAGACUUGCCAAACUGCAGACUGACAAGGCCAUCAUGAGAACACGUUCAGUGAUUGGCAUGACCACAAGUGGCGCUGCACGUUACCAAAAGGUUUUAUCAGAAAUAAAACCAAGAAUUAUCGUCAUAGAAGAAGCAGCAGAAGUUCUGGAAGGUCACGUGAUAGCAUCACUGAGCUCAGAGUGUCAGCAUCUGAUACUGAUUGGUGACCAUCAGCAGCUGCGACCAAGCACCAACGUCUACACACUUGCCAAGCAGUACAACUUGGAGUUAUCAUUAUUUGAGAGAAUGGUGAAGAAUGGUCUGCAGUGUAUUUGUCUUGAAAAGCAACACAGAAUGCGUCCUUCUAUUUCAAGAAUCAUGAAACACAUCUAUCCUGAUCUUAGAGAUGAUGCAUCAGUUCUGGAUUACCCUAACAUCCUGGGUGUUUGUAGCAAUGUAUUCUUUAUCAGCCAUUCGGUAACUGAACAGAAAAACAAUGAAUUGAUAAGUCACUUGAACAUAUUUGAGGCGAAGUACGUCAUUGCUCUGUGUCUUUACCUGAUCAAACAAGGAUAUUCACCAAGCAAGAUAACAAUUCUAACAACAUAUUCUGCUCAAGUGGCAUAUUUGAAACAGAACAUGCCAAAAGAAACAUUUCAUGGUGUGAGGGUUACAGCUGUUGACAAUUACCAAGGUGAGGAAAAUGAUAUUAUUUUAUUGUCUUUGGUGCGCAGCAACUUGGAAGGUAAUGUUGGAUUUCUGAAGAUUGACAACAGAGUGUGUGUAGCACUUUCACGUGCCAAACAGGGGCUUUAUGUGAUUGGCAAUUUUGAACUUUUGAGUAAACAAAGUGACUUGUGGAAAAACAUUAUUGAUGACUUGAAACCAAGGGAACAAGUUGGACAUGCGCUUCGACUUUAUUGCCAGAAUCACCAAAACGAUUCAGGAAUAAAAGCAUCUAAGCCAGAAGACUUCUUACUGGCGCCUGAAGGUGGCUGCAUGAAAGACUGCCUGUUUCAGCUGAAAUGUGGGCACGUGUGUGCGAGUCGAUGCCACCCUGUAGACCCACAUCACCUGCAGUACAAGUGCAUGAUACCGUGCGAAAAAGUGAUUCCCGCCUGUCAGCACACUCAGACUGUACCAUGCAGCACAGAUGCGGAAGAUGUCCAGUGUGUGCAACCUGUUUUACACAAAGGCAAAUGUGGUCAUGACACCGAAGUACCUUGCUUCACCCAAGGAUCAGCUCCAUGUCUUGCGGAAUGCAACACCAUCUUGAAGUGUGGUCACACGUGCAGAAGUCGAUGCUAUGAAUGUGUUCAGGGCCGACUACAUGUUCCUUGUACUGAAAGGUGUAAUAAGAUUCUGAUCUGUGGACACGAAUGUCGGAGUAGAUGUUCAAUAUGCCUUCCUUGUCAGUUGCCAUGUGACAGAUGUCCACAUAGAACUUGUCAUAAUGGAUGCAGCGACCCCUGUAUGCCAUGCAACGAACCAUGUCCCUGGAUAUGCAAGGAUAAAAAAUGCACUAAUAGGUGCAGUGAUGUAUGUAACCGAGAAGCUUGUAACAAAAAAUGUCCACGAAUUUUGAAAUGUGGUCACAGAUGCAUUGGUUUGUGUGGUGAAAAAUGUCCUGCUUUGUGUAAAAAAUGUAACAAAGAUGAAAUCAGAACAUGGUUUAUGGAGAAGGGAAAUAACUCUGAUGUACUAUUUGUGGAGCUCGAUGACUGUGGACAUAUUGUGGAGGUGGAGACUCUUGACAAGAUUAUGGAAGAUAGAGAACCUUCUAACAAAAUUCAGCUGAAACAGUGUCCUUGGUGCAAAACCCGUAUCAGGCACAGUCUUCGAUAUGGAGAGUCAGUCAAAAAGACUAUACAAGAUAUAAAUGAAGUGAAAAUAAUCAUGAUGGAAGAACAACACAGCUGGAAACAGAAAGAAUACAGGCCAGAAAACGAGGAUGUUGUCUCUGAGAGUAACCAAGAAGAGAAUGACUCGAUAGAUGAGCAGGACGAUCUAUCUAGAAGUUACGAGGAGGACAGUGAUGGGUUAGAAAAGGAGGAUGCUCUAUCUGGAAAUAUUCAGGAAGGCAAUAGUGGAUCACAGAGACUUGAUACACUAUUUGGAAGUAAGCAAAGAGGUUAUGGACGACACAAUACUCUACGUGGAAGAGACAAAACACACACUGUGGUUUCAGACUGGAUAGGUACUGCGUCUAGAUGCAAUGAAGAAACAACGUUGUACAAUAAUGCUGUUCAGACUAUAGAAGGGGUUAUUUCUGUUAGAAACCAAAUCAGAUUUUUAAAUGCUGUCUAUCAGAUAUCACAGGCAGGAGGAUUUUAUGGGUUUGAUGCUCAACACAAGCAGUUCACCAGUGAAUGUGACAUCUUUAAGGAAUGGAUAAUAAAUAAAAGGAAGGUUUUUACUGAGCAGGAGGCAUCUGAUGCCAACAACGAACUGCAAAGGUUAAGACUCUUUAUUGAAGUAAACGACGUAGAGAAAGAUUACAGGAUGAGAAAACUUUCUGCUGAAGAAAGAGAGGACCUUGAACUGGUGAAGCUGUACUUGUCAGAUGGAAACCCGUACACGCCAGAACGUCAGCAGAAGGUGAAAGCUAUCAUGUCGGGAAUAAUGACCAAACUUGGUCUGAGAAGACACGGUGAAGAGAUUGUGGUAGACAUGCCCACGACGUUCACUGACGGCCACUGGAUCAAGUGCACGGAAGGUCAUAUAUUUUAUGGAGGCAAUGCUGGUGGUGAUGUCGCAUGCUCUCAGUGUUCUGUCAAAUUAGAAGAACCAGAUGUUACCAUACAGGAGAAGAUUUAUAUAGGACAUAAAACGGAGGGAGGUAGUAUACAGGAGGUUGACAUCGUACAGAAACCUGAGCGUGAUGGCAUACAGCAGAUAGAGGAUGAUGUUACACUGACUGAGAUUGAUACUACCAAACCAAAUUAAGGAUAAUGAACACCGACCCAGACCUGAAUAUGGCAUUGGCAGACAAUUUGAAAAGUUAUAUUGGAUGACAGAAAAAUACAUGGAUGAGACAUCUGUUUUGUGUAGUUCUGAAGAGAUCCCCCCUAAUGCCGAUUUGUAAUGUGACAGAGUAUAGAUAUUUGAAGAAUUUCAUGUCUUUAUCAAUAUCAAAAUGUUUUAGAUUUAAUAUUGAGGUUAUUUCAAAAUAUAAAACGUGUAUUUUAAAGUGAAUUAUGGCAAGUGAGGGUAUGAUUACAUAACAGUUUCAUGUUGGCACUUUUGCAUAUAUUUACAAAUUAUAUGUUCUUUUUUUUUUUUCUUUUUUUUUACAGAAAUCUACGUUAGCACUGUUUUAGAAAUUAUCACCAUAAUUGUCGUACAUUCCCAUCAGUCAAAUAACAAAAUUAAUUUAUUUACAAGCUAAGUUUUUUUUCUUCAUAUGUUAUCUUCAGUGUAUUAAUAACGUUGAUGGAAAUUUCCAUUCAUUAGGAAACAUUUGACCGGUGUUGCCAUCAUUACCAUCCAACACCGUGUGAGCGUUUCUAUAGUCCUUCACACAGAGAACGCCUUUUUUAAAUUUUGGAAUUUAGCCUGUUGUAAAUUAUUUAUUUCUCAGCUGAUUGUUUUGUAAAUUGCACACAAAAACUGUUUGUUUUUUUCCAAAACACUUUUACUUUUCUUCUUGCUCAAACCAAACUGAAAUUAUUUACAAAAACAUUUUUGUAGGAUGAUGGGACGGACUAUAUAAUAGCUAUUUUUUAUAUGUCGUAACUCAAACACUCUAUAAUGAACUCUUAACAUCAGCUAUCUGAACUGAUAUUGUGUUCACAGAAGCUGGAUGUCUCUGUAUGGUUUUAAACUGAUUAUUCUUUUCCGAUUACUGGAUCCAUAUAUGACAGUCCUAUAUGUUUUAAAUGGAAAUGUCUGUACACUGUUUAUAUAUAAUGUAGCAGUUGUUCUGAAUACUAUAAUAGCUUACUUUGUAAUGUGGAUAAUAUGUGACGAGGUUUAAAUUUAGCAUUUACAAAUAUAUAAUGAAUUCAUGGCACCUAGCAUCUUUGUAUUCUUGGUGGAGGGGGCAUGCGGAAGGUGAAAAUAUUAAAUUUUAUUUAUCAGAAACUUCAUUAACAUAAUGUUUCGGUUACAACGCCGGUUGUGUCUUUGUGUCGCUUUCCUAUUGUAUAGCUUCACUUUUGAUGGUAGCAGUAAUGAUGACGUAACAUUCAUUGAUUCAUCUUCAUUGUCUUGGCUUAGAAAUGGAAGCGUUUUAAUUAGUUAAUUAAUUAAUUUUUAAUAUUAAACAAGAAUAGUUCCCACUUUCAAAUUUUUUCUCAUAAUGUAUGAAUUGUUAGUAGUACAUCUUUGUAUUGUUAAACAAACACCCCCCAAAACACACACACACACACACACACACACACACACACACACACACACACACACACACACACACACACACACACACACGACAACGACAAACAAAACCCCAAACAAACAGGGUCGUGGAAGCUGAACUAAAAAUCACUUUAGAACUAAAAAGGGAA